AGGUGCGGGCGACGACGGCGGGGCUGCGGCUGCUCGGUCGCUGGAAACUCUUCUUCUUCCUUCUCUUUUGCAUCCUCCACCCCCCUCCCUCACCCCCCACCUGCCUUCCACAGCCCUGCACGCCGGGUACCCCUCCCUGCCAGCUUCACGCUCCCGCUCUCCCUUUUUUUUUUUUUUUGGCACUUUCCUCUCGAACCAUCCUGGUGGGCAAACUUUGAUGGAGAAUUUCACACCACGCUGGAAAAAUGCCGGUUAUGAAAGGAUUACUGGCGCCCCAGAACACCUUCCUCGACACCAUCGCCACCCGCUUUGACGGAACACAUAGUAACUUCAUCCUUGCAAAUGCCCAGGUGGCGAAGGGUUUUCCCAUAGUCUACUGUUCUGAUGGCUUCUGUGAACUUGCUGGAUUUGCCCGAACUGAAGUCAUGCAGAAAAGUUGCAGCUGCAAAUUCUUAUUUGGUGUUGAAACCAACGAGCAGCUAAUGCUUCAAAUAGAAAAGUCACUGGAAGAAAAGACAGAAUUCAAAGGAGAAAUCAUGUUCUAUAAGAAGAAUGGAUCUCCAUUUUGGUGCCUACUAGAUAUCGUUCCUAUAAAGAAUGAGAAAGGAGAUGUGGUACUUUUUCUGGCUUCAUUCAAAGACAUAACAGAUACAAAAGUGAAAAUUACUCCUGAAGAUAAAAAAGAAGAUAAAACUAAAGGAAGAUCAAGAGCAGGAACCCACUUUGAUUCAGCACGGAGACGGAGUCGAGCGGUCCUUUAUCACAUCUCUGGGCACCUGCAAAGAAGAGAAAAGAACAAAUUGAAAAUAAAUAAUAAUGUUUUUGUAGAUAAACCAGCAUUUCCGGAGUACAAAGUUUCUGAUGCAAAAAAGUCCAAAUUCAUACUGUUGCAUUUUAGCACUUUCAAAGCUGGCUGGGACUGGCUUAUUCUGUUGGCAACGUUUUAUGUUGCCGUGACGGUUCCCUACAACGUUUGCUUCAUUGACAAUGAUGACUUGUCCACGACUCGGAGCACAACCGUCAGUGACAUUGCAGUGGAGAUUCUUUUUAUUAUAGAUAUUAUUUUAAAUUUUCGAACAACCUAUGUCAGCAAGUCUGGUCAAGUUAUCUUUGAAGCGAGAUCAAUUUGUAUCCACUAUGUCACAACCUGGUUCAUCAUUGACUUAAUCGCUGCCCUGCCUUUUGAUCUCCUGUAUGCAUUCAAUGUCACAGUGGUAUCCCUCGUGCAUCUCCUGAAAACUGUACGAUUGCUGCGUCUUUUGCGCCUUCUGCAGAAGCUGGACCGUUAUUCCCAACAUAGCACAAUUGUCUUGACUCUGCUUAUGUCUAUGUUCGCUCUCCUUGCGCACUGGAUGGCGUGUAUCUGGUAUGUCAUUGGAAAAAUGGAGAGGGAAGACAACAGCCUUCUGAAGUGGGAAGUUGGUUGGCUCCAUGAGCUGGGAAAGAGACUGGAAUCUCCAUACUAUGGCAACAAUACUUUGGGGGGCCCGUCGAUCCGAAGUGCCUACAUUGCUGCUCUAUACUUCACCCUCAGCAGCCUCACCAGUGUUGGGUUUGGGAAUGUGUCUGCUAAUACAGAUGCAGAAAAGAUCUUCUCUAUCUGCACCAUGCUAAUUGGGGCCUUGAUGCAUGCCUUGGUAUUUGGAAACGUGACAGCAAUUAUACAGAGAAUGUACUCCAGGUGGUCCCUCUAUCACACUAGAACGAAAGACCUGAAGGAUUUCAUCCGUGUCCAUCACCUACCCCAGCAGCUCAAGCAAAGGAUGCUUGAAUAUUUCCAAACAACCUGGUCAGUCAACAAUGGAAUAGAUUCCAAUGAGCUGUUGAAAGACUUCCCAGACGAGCUGCGUUCUGACAUCACUAUGCACCUGAACAAAGAAAUCUUACAGCUGUCCCUCUUUGAGUGCGCCAGCCGGGGCUGUCUCAGGUCUCUCUCCCUCCACAUCAAAACCUCUUUCUGUGCCCCCGGGGAGUACCUGCUGCGGCAAGGAGAUGCUUUGCAGGCCAUCUACUUGGUCUGCUCGGGCUCCAUGGAAGUUCUGAAAGACAGUAUGGUGUUAGCUAUUCUUGGGAAAGGGGAUUUAAUUGGAGCAAAUCUAUCAAUUAAGGACCAAGUGAUCAAGACCAAUGCCGACGUGAAGGCUUUAACCUACUGUGAUCUCCAGUGUAUCAUCCUCAAAGGACUCUUUGAAGUGUUGGACCUUUACCCAGAAUAUGCUCACAAAUUUGUGGAAGACAUUCAACAUGACCUCACAUACAACCUUCGAGAAGGUCACGAGAGUGAUGUGAUAUCAAGAUUAUCGAACAAAACUACAGUCUCACAGUCAGAGCCAAAGGGAAAUGGCAGCAUCAAGAAGAGACUCCCAUCCAUUGUGGAAGAUGAAGAGGAGGAGGAGGAUGGGGAAGAAGAGGAAACAGCCUCUCUAUCUCCUAUCUACACAAGAGGAUCCUCUUUUUCACGCAAUAAGAAGCCUGGCAGUAAUAAAAGCUACCUAGGGUUAAGUCUGAAACAACUAGCCUCAGGAACAGUGCCAUUUCAUUCACCUAUCAGAGUCUCAAGUUCAAAUUCUCCCAAAACCAAACAAGAAACUGAUCCUCCCAAUCAUGGGAAAAGGAAAGAGAAGAACUUGAAAUUGCAGCUUUCAACUUUGAAUAGUGCUGGGCCCCCAGACCUCAGUCCAAGGAUUGUUGAUGGAAUUGAAGACGGAAACAGCAGUGAAGAAAGUCAGACUUUUGAUUUUGGCUCAGAACGAAUCAAGCCGGAGCCCAGAAUUUCUCCUCCUCUUGGAGACCCAGAGAUUGGAACUGCUGUUCUAUUCAUCAAAGCAGAGGAAACCAAGCAACAGAUUAACAAACUCAACAGUGAGGUAACAAUAUUAACUCAGGAGGUCUCCCAAUUAGGUAAAGACAUGAGGAAUGUGAUGCAACUUCUAGAAAACGUUCUAGCACACCAGCAGACGUCACGGUUUUGCUCUCUGCACACCACCUCCGUGUGUCCCUCCAGGGACAGCUUCCAGAACAGGAUGACCUGGAGUGCACACCAACCUUGCGUAUACUUGCAAACAGGUGGAGCAGCUUAUACCCAAGCACAACUCUGUCCCAGUAAUAUCACCUCAAACAUUUGGAGCAUGGAUCCCUCUUCUGUAGGGAGCAGCCCCCAACGAACUGGAGCUCAUGAGCAAACUCCUGCAGGCAAUGAACUUUGUCCUCCUCCUUCAAAUCUUGAUUAUUCCCCUGCCCACUACCAGGUGGUCCAAGAAGGUCAUUUACAAUUUCUAAGGUGCAUCUCUCCACAGUCAGACACAACGCUGACUCCUCUCCAGUCCAUUUCGGCAACUCUCUCAUCCUCGGUGUGUUCCUCCUCGGAAACCUCUUUGCACCUCGUUCUCCCAAGCAGGUCGGAGGAAGGCAACUUCAGCCAGACAGCAGUGAGUUCCUUCAGUCUGGAAAACUUGCCCGGAUCUUGGGAUCGGGAAGAAAUGCCAUCGAUUCCUACCGAACCCUUGGAGAACUUUCCGUUGGAAGUUGUCACCAGCAGAGCCGAAGGAAAAGAUAAUAAAGCCAUAAACGUAUGAUAUCAGCACACCUGGGGCAACUGCCAAUUUUCAAACCCAUCACUGCAUGACAGCUUUAGUUUGCCUUUUUUGCCUCUGGUAGGCAUGCUGACUGGGCAAAGUUGGAAAUCCUGCAGAAAAAAAGCAUGAGCAGUCAGGGUAAGGUAGAACCACCUCAGUCCUGUAGCAAACAGAAGCCGAAUUGAAACAUUUUUUUUUCUGUACAGAUAAUUAACUCACUGGCCUGUUUGACACUUCGGUAAAGGACCCUGAGGGUCUGAGCAGUUAGAAGGCCCAGACCAAAAAAAAAAAAAUUGUGGAUUCGUUUUGUCCAAGGUGACCUUUGUGAAAUGCAGCAAAGGUUUAUCCUGAGUGCCUGUUUGUCGUUCUUGAACAAUAUCCGUAGCACUGUUGGCCUCAGGAGUGCUCAACUCCUGCUGAUCUAUUUUUCUUUUUGUGGAGGCAAAGGGACAAUUAUCACUGCAUGUCAUCUCCUAGACAAUCAGUCAAAUAGAGUUGGUGGCCAGUGGUUAGCUCUUGCACGUUAUUUGCCAUGUAAAUGAAUAUGUCUUUAUUUAACAACCAAAAAAAAGCUAUUUUUAUAUCCUUGGUAUGAAAUAUGUAUUUAAACUAUUUAAAAUAUUUAUAAAGAAAUGAAUGUUUUCUUUUUCAUUUUGGUAAAAAAAAAAGCUUGCUGUUUUAACAAGAAAUGCACUACUGUUAUGUCUAGUAGAUCAAAAACUAAUUAUUUAGAGGAUGUAGUUUCCAAAGGAAUCCCCUUUUAUCUGCAUGCAGUUUGCAACAAAUACAACCUCACACUCCUGGAUUACAAAAGAAAAGUGGAGUCAUAUUUUAAUAAUGAAGUAUAAACACGAACUGGGUAUCCAUGACAUGUGGCAGCGGGGAGGGCCUUGCCUAGUUGCUGCUGACACACAUCUACCACCCGAAGGCUGCCCCCACUAUGCCAACUUAGAUAUCUCUCAUCCUGGCAUCAGAUUUUGAUGGCCAGGAGCCCAACAUUGAUCUGAGGGACGUUAAGAUCAUGAUUCCAUGGAGCCAUUACAGCCUCAGCAGGAGGGAGAAAAUGCUUAGGUCUAUCUUUUCUCCAUGCUAUUCUUUCUGGAGAGUUGUAGAACAGUGAAAAUUCCAAGAUGAAGCUGAGACCGCUGAGCUCUGACUUGGGAAAGUGAUGCCAGCAUGCAUGAGAACUUUCAGUUUAUUCUUUAACACUUCCAACCAUGCUGUAAGUCAUGCAAAGCGGGUGUCUUUGUUCUCAUUUUGCAGAGGAAAAAAAAGAAGACCCAGUGGUUAUUUAGCUUGGAUGCUGGAAGCAGCCUAGAACCACAGCAUCCCCUACGUUUCAAUCAACAUAAAAAUUCGGAUGUUAGGCUUGGGAACAUAUAAAUGCUUUCUCUUAUAUUUGUUUUAUAUUUAAGAACAGUUAAGACCUAACUGCCCAGAUAUUCUUAGAAAACAUAUGGAAUUUGCAUUCUGACACUCCCCUUUUCUUAUUUUCCUCCACAAAGAAUAAAUGAUCUGAGAAUGAAAUCAUUAAAACAUCUAAGCAAAUCAAGACUUCUCAUGUGUGAAUCUUGUACCCUAAGAUUAGUAAAGCAGUAGGCAAGAAAAAGGAUUUCUUCUCUAAGGGAAAUGGAAAGGGUAUCUGUUUAUGAGAGAAUCACUUAAGACUCAAUGCCUCUACUUCCUCACUUCCAAAAUUCAAUCUCUUCUACCUGAGUGAGUAGGAAAAUCGAGGCAAAGGUAACAGUCUAGAUAAUAUAUUCAUUUAUCGUUCCUUUUUUGUUUCUACUAACUUACAUCAUCGUUUUCAGUACAAUUCUAAAAUAAUUAAUUGGUGUUGGUUCUUAAAUAUCCUUCUAGCAAACUAGCACUAUUAUUACUGGAGCUAACAAUAAUAGAAUAAUAGUUGUUUACCGGGAUAGAUAGAUGUUUAAGAAUUAACAUGUUUUUCUCGUAGAGUUAUCAAAAUGAUAUUAAAAAUAUUAAAUGGGCAAGUGAAUUAAAAUUAUUUCAAUUUCCCCAGAAACAAGCUCUAAAUGGUUGACUCAGUAUCUAAAUGGUAAUGAUUUGUGAUCAAAUCAUCUCUUGUUGCUUUGUGAAACUUAAUUAGUCACAAAUUUCUUUUGAAAUCCUGGAACAAAUUAAAUUUGGAACUAUUAUAAAAUAAAGUCUACAAAUGGGGUAAGUUAGUGAAACUCUGAGAAUCUGAGAAAGUUCCAAUGAGGGACCAGGAUACGCUAUGUGCAGCCUCACAGCUGAUUAGUCCUUACAUCUGACUGUAGCAUGUAGAACAGAAGCCUGGUGCUGUAGCUGAAAGAAAAAGCAUGUAACAAGCUCUGCCAUAGUCUUCAUCAACCCUUUCCUCAUCAUUUUCACUUUCACAUAUAAUACUGUCCCAAAGCCAGAGUAUUCCUGCAUCCAUGUUUUGAAUUUUGUUUGUUUGUACAUGUUGUCAUACUACUCUAAGAAAUAAAAAUCCCAAGUUUUCCUAGAUGUUUGAAUUUUUAAACAUAACUGCUAUGCAAAUAGCCAAGGCCCUUGUCUCCUCAUCAGGGAUAGAUUAUGAAUCCCUGCACUCUCCUCACCUACUCACUCUACUGAAGAAACAAAACAGAGAUCUAGAGAGAAGAGACAUUUAUUUUCUUGACUAAAUCUAUUUUCUUAAAAAUAAUACUGAGGCUUAAAAUCAUCUGUGUAGUUCUAAUCUUAGAACCAGAUAGAUUAUAUUAGAAUUUGUUCUGAUUCAGUAUCAUUCCUGCCAAUUAAAUAUUCAUAAAUAAAAUUCAUUGCCUUGAGGAGUGGUAACAAAUUAUAUCUAUUAAGUGUGAGGUUAACAAUACCUGCAUCAGAUCAAUUGGGAUACUUGUUUAAUAUGCAGAAAAUCUGUUUCAACUUAGUUCUUACAUGAUUGGGAAAUGUUGAUCUGGAAUCAAUAGUAGUACAAAAUUGAGUCCUAACCAAUUUAUACAUAAGUAAACUAGCAUCUAAAUUCUAGUAAAGAAUCCUUGGCUUAAUAACAAUAUAAUAAAGAGUCUCGCUAGCCCCUUUAGUUUGAAUGAUGUAUUUUUGUAGGAUCUUAAUAAAGUAGAGAUUUCAAGGCCCUGGCCCACAUGUCAUAUGGGCACCAAGUGAUUCGAAUGUGGAUGUUCUAGAGCAUUAGUCUAGAGACAUCUUUAUAAGCAGUGUAACCAGCCCUCAGAUAAUAAGGAAUUGGUUCUUUGGCAGGUGGAUCAACUACUCAACUAGUUAUAAUUAACAACUGCAUGCAGUUCUAUUACCUAUAGUUUUGUAUAGUUCCUAAUACAACAAUGACCUUUUUUUCAUGGAAGUAAUUGAUCACUUUCUCCUAGGGAGCCUUAAACAGCCACUCAUUGCUUUAAUUGAUGAUGACUGAAUGCCUGCUAUUUAUUAUACUCUAGUAUUUCUUAUUUUGCAUAGAACUUUGUAUUCUUGUUUGGACAUUCUAUAAGGAAAAAGGUACAAAUGCCUUUGUUCUCCCUAAGUAGAAUAUGAUCCAGUUUGGAGGUGAAGCUAGCCAACUUUUUAGCUAGGAAAGGUAUGAAUGGCCCCUUUGAGGCAUGGAACUGCUCAUGGCAUAUGGUUAUGACUUUUUCAAGAAAAAAUGAAAAAUAGCUGGUUCCAAAGUGUUCUUGCUGAGGCUGCUUCUUUUCAUGUAUGGUUCAUUUUCUAAAGUCUUUUAAAGACACUGCUUUACCAUAGAAUUCUACAGGAAAAGCACUAGACUUCCUGCAGACCACCACCACAUGAUAUAGGGACCUCAGCACAUGCGCAGGCUCAAUUAAAGGCUGUUCCAAAAGGCUGCCUGCUUCUUUUGAUUAAUCGAAUGGCAAAUGUGCUGAAUAAAUUGAAUUCAGAGAGCAGAGUGACGUCAUUAACUGCUCCAAUCAUUUGUCCUGGGUUUGUGGCCUCAGAAGUUAUUUCACUCUUCUGAACCUCAACUUUCUUCAUCAAAAACUUAAGGAUUAAAGUUUAUCUAACCUGAAGUCUUUGUGAAGAUUUAAUGAAUUUAUGUGAAAGCACACUUUCUGAUGUAUAAUGAAUGUUAACAAACGUCAAUUUGUUCUCCCCUGGUCCUCUGCUAUUUCUCCUUUUCGCAUCAAUCUCUUUUAAUCUCCCAGCUCUCUCCUACUCACCCUCCCCUGGGUCCCAGACUAACUUCUGGAUACUCCUGUGACAUUAUUCUACAGAUAUUGCCAUUUUUCAGACUAAGUUCCCUGCAGUCUCUCCAUCACAGUGUUAACCAUCAAGUCAACAUUGACCUGAAAAAUAUAAACCAUUGGGGAGGCACCAGGGUAAACAUGUGCUGCCUGUGUCCCACACUAUGUGGCUUCUGAUGUAUUUAUUCGAAUAUUAGUCAGUAAGCUUUGUUUUAUGAUGCAAUGUUCAUUCAGGAAAUUUUUCUUUAAAACUCUUUACCCGUAAAAAAUGCCAAAAAUUUAUUCAUUACUCCAUAAACAGUGAUUUGUUUUCUUUCAAAUGGGGGAUGUUCCUAAUGUUUCUUUAUGGAAACUUGCUAUUGCUUUGGGAACCAAACACAGACACACACCUAUCACUCCAAGCCACAGAAGACGGAGUUCUGUGUUCUUGCCCUCUAGCUCUUGCUGACGCAGAACUGAGGAAGUGUCUGUCACUUCAUACGGAUGCCUUCAAAGCAUCCCCUCGGCAUCCUGUUGAGUGAGCAGGUCCCACCAGAGGGAAUAAGCUAAAUGUCACUCCUUGCAGCUGUGGCCUGAAAGAAUCUGUUCCUUGAGUUGUGUCAUUCAACAGAGCCCUGAAUAAAGAGCUCACAAAAGACCGGACAGCCCAGUGAGACAGAAGCAGCACAUCUGCGCCUGUUGUCCCAGGGAAUUAAAUAAGCUGUGCAUUCUAGAAAAGAAAACAAAAACAGUCAGGAGGGCACAACAUGUCCUGUGGCACAAAUAAACCUUCUCAGUCUAUUUCCUUUUGCCUUAGCUUUGUACCUGGUAAAGAUAAGAAGCUGGGCAUGGAUGGGAUAGAAUUUUAUCAUCGAAGGCUCUGUUUUGGAG